UCCCGAGGCCCGGAGGGGCGGGGCCGCACGCGCCGCGCUUCCUCCCGCCGCGGCUUCCGCGUAGCUUCCCUGGCGGCUGGGUCCUUGGCGGUUUCCCGCGUGAGGGCGGUGGCGGGCUCGGCUUCAGGGCCGGAGUCCAGGCAGGAGCCUGGCCUCUCAGGUGGCGGGCUCUGCGUUUCUGCGAGAUGGACGGGACGGAAGGCAGUGCUGGGCAGCCCGGCCCAGCCGAGCGGUCCCGCCGAAGCAGCGUGUCCUCCGUGGGAGCCCGAGUGGCUGAUGUGCUGGUAUACCUGGCGGAUGACACGGUGGUGCCCCUGGCUGUGGAGAACCUGCCCUCACUCAGUGCCCAUGAGCUGCACCGUGCCGUCCGCGAGGUCCUGCAGCUCCCAGACAUCGCCCUGGAUGUCUUCGCACUCUGGCUGGUCUCCCCUCUGCUGGAGGUGCAGCUGAAGCCCAAGCACCAGCCCUACAAGCUGGGACGCCAGUGGCCGGAGCUGCUGCUGCGCUUCACCAGCGCCCCAGAUGACGACGUGGCCAUGGAUGAGCCUUUCCUGCAGUUCCGAAGGAAUGUGUUCUUCCCAAAGCGGCGGGAGCUCCAGAUCCACGACGAAGAGGUCCUGCGGCUGCUCUACGAGGAGGCCAAGGGCAACGUGCUGGCCGCUCGGUACCCGUGCGACGUGGAGGACUGCGAGGCACUGGGGGCCCUGGUGUGCCGUGUGCAGCUCGGGCCCUACCAGCCUGGCCAGCCAGCCGCCUGCUCCCUGAGGGAGAAGCUGGACUCCUUCCUCCCUGCCCACCUCUGUAAGCGGGGCCAGGGUCUCUUUGCUGCCCUCCGGGGCCGCGGGGCCAGGGCCGGGCCAGGCGAGCAGGGCCUGCUGAACGCCUACCGCCAGGUGCAGGAAGCCAGUGGCGACGAUGGGUGUGAGGCCACCCUGGGCACCCACUACCGCGCCUACCUCCUCAAGUGCCACGAGCUGCCCUUCUACGGGUGUGCCUUCUUCCAUGGUGAGGUUGACAAGCCGGCCCCAGGCUUUUUGCACCGGGGCGGGCGCAAGCCAGUUUCUGUGGCCAUCAGUCUGGAAGGCGUGCACGUCAUCGACAGCAGAGAGAAGCACGUCCUGCUGGGCCUGCGCUUCCAGGAGCUGUCAUGGGACCACACCGCCCCCGAGGAGGAGGAGCCCAUCUUGUGGCUGGAGUUUGAUGGGGAGAGCGAGGGCAUGCCUGUCAACAAGCUUCUCAAGAUCUACUCCAAGCAGGCGGAAUUGAUGAGCAGCCUCAUUGAGUACUGCAUCGAACUGAGCCAGGCCGCAGAGCCCGCAGGCCCCCAGGACAGUGCGACUGGCCCGCCCUUGGACCCCGGCUCCUCGCCGGCUCCUGUUCAGCGCCCCAAGCUGCGGAGGCAGGGCAGCGUGGUGUGUAGCCGGAUCCAGCAUCUCUCCACCAUCGACUACGUGGAUGAUGGCAAGGGGAUCAGGCGAGUGAAGCCGAAGCGCACCACGUCCUUCUUCAGCCGGCAGCUAUCCUUGGGCCAGGGGAGCUACACCGUGGUGCAGACUGGUGACAGCCUGGAGCAGGGCUGAGGACACUGUGCCAGGCAGGAGGGAGGGCACCUGGGGGCCCUGGCCCGGCACUGUCCUGAGGGACAGGGGCUGGUGCAGCAGUCUCAUGGGUCACACACAUGGGAGGGCUGCCGUGGCACUCAGGGUCUGCAGAUUCCUCAGACCACAGAGAAGUGACUUCUGGGACCCACUAUCUCAGGACCAUCCAAUCAGACUCCAGCUGCCACUCUUGCCCAGAGACGUGCCUUUGUGCCCACUUCAAGUGUCCCCUAUUCUGAAGUGCACAGUGGCUGCUCCAGUGGCAGAGAACCAAGGAUUGAGGCUUCGGACCUGAAGGUCCAGUGUGUGCCUUUGGCCUCUUCCCCGGACUUGGGUGACCACAGCUCCACCUUCCUCCUGCUGGUUCUCCACACCCCACUGCCAGGCUGGGCUGCCACUCUGAGGAGGGCAGGAGGGGCCUCCCUGGAUUGAGGGCCCCCACCACACCUCCCUGGUUGAAUCAGGAGUGGAGGGAGCCAGGCAGAACCCUACGUGGGGUCCUGUGCCCCUCACUCUGGUCUCCCUUGCAGGCAUAAGACACUCUGACCAGAGAAACAUGCCUUUGAUAACGUCUGGUGAUGUCACUGCUGGGAGGUGACUGUCCUGUGGACUACCUGGCCCCCAGACCCAUACUCACACUCUGUGAAAAACUUCUGAAAAUCCCCUGGUGGGCACUCCCUGGAGCCCAAGCAGCUCCCCCAGGGGAAUGACCGGACCUGCCCUCUCCUCCAUGUCUGGGUUUAGGUUUUAGUUUGGUCUUUGUUCAUCUGCUUUGGUGCCACGAAGUGUGUGAAUGCGGCAACUCCAGGAAACGCCCUGGGUAACCUCAGUGAUGUGGCGUUCCUUCCCAGGCGAUGCUGUGGGUUCCUCUGGGGGCUGGUGCAUGCACUGGUGCACCUCAGAGGGUCCCAGGUUUGGGAAAACCCUCCUCUUGGGCUCCGCAUAUCUGGGAAAGGGCAGGCCCUGCUUCUCGGAGGGGAAGCUGGGACCAGAGAAGCAAAGCACCCAUGUCAAAGCCACCUUUCCAAGCGUCCUCAGUAGCCUUUGGUGAUGUCACUUUGUGUCCUCACACAGGACAGUUUGUUCUCUCUCUCAACGCUUGGAAAGGUGGCUUUCACUUGGGUGCUUUGCUUCUCUGGUCCCAGCCUCCCCUCCCAGAAGCAGGGGUUCUGUCUUUUCCCAGAUGAGUGGAGCCCCUCAGAAGAGGGCUUUCCCAGUCCCGGGACCUUCCGAGGUGGGUGUGUGGGUCUCACAGGUGCUUCCAGGGACUUCCCACAGGAAGGAGGCAGGCCUGGGGCAGCACAGGGCUUUGCUUUGUCUUCCCUUCCUGGUGGAAACUGUGGGAGAGGAAGCUUGGCCUCUACUCCAAGUAUCAGAGUCCGUUCACCUCCCCCUCUGUUGGUAGCUUGUGAAUGUGCCAGGUGUUUUGGGGUGGGCUUGCCUUCUGGCAGCAGGGACUUUGUUAAAAUAAUAGGCAGAAAGAAGAGGCCUGGCAAGGGCCCCCAGGCUUUUGGAAUGUCCUGGCCACAGAGUGAUGUCAGCUGCCACCUCUCAUGUCCCCUCCUGGAGUCGCCCGGCCCCACCGAGCCGCCCGCCUGCCCUAUUCUGGCAGCUCCAGCACAGGUCGUCUCAGCCCCACU